GAAUGGUUGGUUCAGCACUUCACCCCCCUCAUCCUUAUGUUCUGAUCUCAUGUUUGCACUUCCCACUAUCAUCACCUUCACGUUUUUCGUGCCCUGCUAUAUACAGCUAAUAUUUGGGUGCAAGCACCACUCACACACUCACUCGCUAUGGUUGCCGCCGCUAUCUCUAACCUCUCAACCGUCGCCGAUGCAAACCUUCACUCCAGAUUCACCCUCACCUCUCCAAUCUUCCAUUUCCGCACUUCUUGCCCCAAACGGAUUUCUUCAAUCAGAUGCCAAUCAAUUAAAUCCGAUAAGCCGAAAUCAAGUAGAAAUCUGCUGGACAACGCCAGCAACCUCCUCACGAACCUGUUAAGCGGUGGAAGCGUAGGUUCUAUGCCCAUAGCUGAAGGCGCGGUCUCAGAUCUCAUUGGACGACCUCUCUUUUUCUCACUAUAUGAUUGGUUCUUGGAGCAUGGCUCGGUGUAUAAACUUGCGUUUGGGCCAAAAGCGUUUGUUGUUGUAUCAGAUCCUAUAGUUGCCAGAUAUAUUCUGCGUGAAAAUGCGUUUUCUUAUGACAAGGGAGUACUUGCUGAUAUCCUAGAACCAAUAAUGGGUAAAGGACUCAUACCUGCGGACCUCGAUACUUGGAAGCAAAGGAGAAGAGUCAUUGCUCCGGCUUUCCAUACCUCAUACUUGGAAGCUAUGGUCAAAUUAUUCACAGCUUGUUCAGAAAGAACAGUAUCAAAGUUCAAUAAGCUUCUUGAAGGAGAGGGUCAUGAUGGACAGAAAUCAAUUGAAUUGGAUCUUGAAGCAGAGUUUUCAAGUUUGGCUCUUGAUAUUAUUGGGCUCGGUGUCUUCAACUAUGACUUUGGUUCUGUCACCAAAGAAUCUCCUGUUAUUAAGGCUGUCUAUGGCACUCUUUUUGAAGCUGAACACAGAUCCACUUUCUAUAUUCCUUAUUGGAAAGUUCCAUUGGCAAGAUGGAUAGUCCCAAGGCAAAGGAAAUUUCAGGAUGACCUUAAGGUCAUUAAUACUUGUCUUGACGGGCUUAUCAGAAAUGCAAAAGAGAGCAGGCAGGAAACAGAUGUUGAGAAACUGCAGCAAAGGGAUUACUCAAAUUUGAAGGAUGCAAGUCUUCUGCGUUUCCUAGUUGAUAUGCGUGGAGCUGAUGUUGAUGAUCGUCAGUUGAGAGAUGAUUUAAUGACUAUGCUUAUUGCUGGUCAUGAGACUACGGCUGCAGUUCUUACUUGGGCAGCUUUCCUGCUAGCUCAAAAUCCUAGCAAAAUGAAGAAGGCUCAAGCGGAGGUAGAUUUGGUGCUGGGUAUGGAGAGACCAACUUUUGAUUCAAUUAAAAAAUUGCAGUACAUUAGGUUAAUUGUUGUAGAGUCUCUUCGUUUAUAUCCCCAACCACCUUUGCUGAUUAGACGUUCGCUAAAAUCUGACGUUUUACCAGGAGGGUACAAAGGUGACAAAGAUGGUUAUGCAAUUCCAGCUGGGACUGAUGUCUUCAUUUCUGUAUAUAAUCUUCAUAGAUCUCCAUAUUGUUGGGACCGCCCUAAUGACUUCGAGCCAGAGAGAUUUCUAGUUCAGAACAACAAUGAAGAAGUUGAAGGAUGGGCUGGUUUUGACCCAUCUCGAAGUCCUGGAGCCUUGUAUCCAAACGAGAUUGUAUCGGAUUUUGCAUUCUUGCCUUUUGGCGGUGGACCACGAAAGUGUGUUGGGGACCAAUUUGCUCUCAUGGAGUCUACUGUCGCACUGGCUAUGCUGCUCCAGAAUUUUGAUGUCGAGUUGAAGGGGACUCCUGAAUCAGUCGAACUAGUUACUGGGGCCACUAUUCAUACAAAAAACGGACUGUGGUGCGUUUUGAGGAAGAGAUCAGGAUUACAUUAACAUUUACAGUGAACAUUUUUCUUAGGCAGAAAUAUGAUCUAUGUUAGUAUGAUGUAAAACUAUGUAACAUCAAACACAGCUAAAAAGGAUAAGAAAAUUCAUAGAUUCAUCUUUGAAAUCUUGAACACAUCAAUUUUUGAAAAACUAAAAUAAGACAAGGUGGGCAACCUUAGCCUCUGAUAACUA